CGUGGGAAACUUUGGUAUGAGUGUGGCCGGAGUUUUACAGGUCAAAAAAGAUCUGGAUCGGGAAGAAAUCCCAGUGUAUUCCAUCAUUGUUAAAGCGUCCAGUAACCGAAACUGGUCUCCUCCGAGAGGUCAAAGGUCACAGCGGGCCCAAGUGCUUGACCCAAGCCGUGACCCUACGUUACAGGAAGUAAGAAUCUUCCUUGAGGACAUCAACGACCAAUCUCCGAGAUUCACAAAGAUGGAGUACACUGCAGGUGUGGCUGCGGAUGCUAAAGUGGGCUCUGAUCUGAUCCGGGUUCAAGCGGUUGAUAAUGACAUUGGCAACAACAGUCUUGUUCUUUAUCACAUUCUGUCCAUCCGCUACAUCAAACUGCAUUCCAAUGACUCUGAAGACAUGGGAAACGUCUUCAUCAUCGGUGAGACUGAUGGAAUCAUCCGAACGUUUGACCUGUUUAUGGCAUAUGAUCUGGGUUAUUUUGUGGUGGAGGUUCUGGCGAGAGAUCUGGCAGGACACAGUGACGUGACUCUAGUGGGCAUUUACAUUCUGAGAGACGACCAGCGGGUGAAAAUCGUCAUUAAUGAGAUACCGGAGCGUGUCCGGCUGUUUCAGGAGGAGUUUAUAAACCUGCUCUCAAACAUCACAGGAGCCAUAGUUAACACUGAUGACGUACAGUUUCAUGUGGAUAAAAAGGGAAGAGUGAACUUCGCUCAAACCGAUGUUAUGAUUCAUGUGGUCAACAAGCAGACCAACCGUAUUCUAGAUGUGGAGAGGGUGAUUCAGAUGAUCGAUGAGAACAAGGAGCAGUUGAGGAAUCUGUUUAGAAACUACAACGUUCUGGAUGUUCAACCUGCUGUGACCGCUCGUGCACCUGAUGACCUCACCACCUUACAGAUGGCUAUUAUCAUCUUGGCAGUUUUACUCUUCCUUGCUGCCAUGUUGUUUAUCCUGAUGAACUGGUAUUACCGCACAGUGCACAAAAGGAAGCUGAAGGCAAUUGUUGCUGGCUCCACAGGAAAUCAGGGGUUGAUGGAUAUUCUGGAUAUGCCCAACACAAACAAGUACACAUUUGAAGGAGCAAAUCCAGUGUGGCUAGAUCCUUUCUGCAGGAAUCUGGAGUUAGCAGCACAGGCGGAGCAUGAGGACGACCUUCCUGAAGACUUGAGUGACAUUGCUGACCUCUGGAACAGUCCGGCUCGCACACACGGUACAUUUGGACGUGAUCCUCAGGCUUCUAAACCAGAGGAUGACCGAUAUCUACGAGCUGCUAUUCAGGAGUAUGACAACAUCGCCAAACUAGGACAAAUCAUGAGAGAGGGGCCCAUCAAGGGCUCGCUGCUCAAUGUGGUUCUGGAUGACUAUCUGAGACUCAAAAAGCUGUUUGCCGCCCGCAUGGUCACCAAGUCAACCAGCCACGGUGACCAAUCAUCAGUCACAGAGCUGAUCCAAAGUGACCUGGAUGAAGAUGACGAUGAGCGUGCUGGUGUUGGAGGUCGAGGAACCCUUCGCUUCAAGCACAAACUACCGAUCGAGCUCAGGGGUCCUGACGGGGUGCACGCAGUUCACGGCAGCACAGGCACGCUGUUGACCUCUGACCUAAACAGCCUGCCUGAAGAUGACCAGCGUGCUCUGGCACGCUCCCUUGAAGCCUUGCACACAGAUGGCGGACUGUAUGCCGAACGCAAUGCCCGAACAGAAUCUGCAAAAUCCACACCUUUGCACAGAAACAAGGGCAGCGACACUCUAUCUGAGAGUCCGUUAGAGAUCACAGAAUUAUGACUAGCCGAGGCCUCGCUGGUCUGAGAAAACUACAAUGUGCAUGCCACUCCUGGCUCUUUGUUAUCAACGGGAACUCUUUCCUGCGAUGUGGAGAAGAGUUCAGGUUUGUAAGGGCCAGGUGUGAGGAGGGUGUGUAGGUGUGUGUGUGUGGACCUGGAACGCCCAAAUCAAGGGUGGCUCAUCUUGUCAGGGCUAUUUCAAGAGUACCGAGACUUUUAACACAUACACUCAAACUACACAAUGGGCAGCGAAUGCACUCUCAGACCAGUGGAAGGCCGAAUACGGACAUUAGUUUUUAUUUAGUUACUUUUUCAUAUUUCGAUAGGACACCAGGGAAUAACAUGAUCAUGUAUGUGUAUAAUGAACUGUUUGAACAGCUUAUGAGAGUAUAUCUCUGGGGCUUUUCACACCGCAAUUAACCCUGGGUUAAGCAACAUUUCACACUUGGAAAUUGAAAAAGGGUUUAACUCUGGGUUCUGAAGCUAGAACAGGGUUAGCACUGUUUAUUGCAGUGCCAUGGGUAUAUAGUCUGAAACUGUGCAGAGCUAGUAAAUGUUGAUGAGUUUAGUAACAGACAACCAGCCGUAAAUGAAAUCAUUCAAAUCAUUCAUGCAUGGCUGCAGGAAGUAUCUUUUUACGAUUCGUAAAAUAGUCAAUGUUUUAAAAUGUUGAACAGUGAUGGUAAACUUUAACUGGAGAGAUUAUGAAACAGUAUUAUUUUUGUAUGUAUAUAUUUUUUUGCUAUAGUGUUUAAAUUCACAAAGCACGAUUACAGAAAUACUCCGUUUUCAUGCAGGCAAUCCAAACAGUUGCCAUGUCUGCCAUUGGUCGAAAAAGGGCCCCAAACGCACCCCAUUGAUUGAGCUAAAGUUGCGGUGUCUUUUCGCCCUAUUCAAACUUCAGAUGACUGACUUCUAGCUGCCGUUACUGCUAUAGUAUUAUUGCGGUACCCAUACUUCAAAAUACCGGCUGUGUCACAGUAUUUUCCUAAUGGUUCCGUAAUGCAUGUAAAUAUUUACACAUGCAGAACUGAAACGUUUGGCAUGUAGUUGAUUUUCUUUCCUAAUAAUUGCUUCAGGGUGUGAACUUGAAUGGUGUGAACUGUGAAUAAUUGAUUAAUUAACAGAGCUGAAUAAUGUAAUAAUGUCGUAUCCAAAUAAUUUGUGUGGGACUACGAUAAUGCUCUUUAAAUGAUGAAAAAUAUGACGCGCCUCACCUUUAAGGCAAGAUGGCCACAUUCCCACGUGCUUGUAAAAGCAGGUUGCGUGCUUUAAAAUGAAACAAAUUGUGUUCCCAGAACAUGACAACAUGUGGUAGAGUAUUAACAAUAGGAAAAUGUGCAUUAUUAUUUAUAUUUAUUUAACAAACAAACCAACCCUGGGUUAACAGGUAUGUGUGAAAAGUCCAUCUGAUAUAAAGAAGAAACGACCACAAGCUGCUGUGUGCUGGUGUCUUUACAGUGAGAUUUAAGACAUUACAAAAAUGACUUCAUGAACUCCAUCUAUAAAAAAUUGUGAACUAUCUGAAAAAAAGUGGAAGACUGCAUUGAAGAAAAUAGACUAAAAGCUGUUCCAUGGACCAAUGGGGAAAGCCAGUUAGCAGACCAAACACUGUUUCCACUGAACUUACUGAGGCCAGAGGUUUGUCUGGUCAACUAACAAAACAUUUCAUUUUUGCUUGAACUGAGGGACUUCUGUGUGUUGUGUUUUAAUAAAAA